ACUGUAAUUCCUUUUACAUUUUCAAUGGUAGAAAGUGGCAUGUUCCUUGAGAACUCGUGUUUUAUAUUCUGAGUUAAUAGAAGAAAUCCGAUUAAUUCUUAAUUUAAAAAAUGGUUCAAAAGAAGCCAAAGAAGAAGGUAGGGAAGAAAGUAGCUGCUGCACCUUUAGCAGUGAAAAAAGUUGAAACGAAGAAAGUAACUAACCCUCUUUUCGAGAAACGUUCUCGAAAUUUUGGUAUUGGCCAGGAUAUCCAACCUGCUCGUGAUCUCAGCCGCUUUGUCAAAUGGCCCAAAUAUAUUCGCAUCCAGAGACAGCGAGCUGUUCUUCAAAAAAGAUUGAAAGUACCACCUCCGAUCAAUCAAUUCAGCCAAACUUUGGAUAAACAAACAGCAACGCAGUUGUUCAAGAUAUUAGAAAGGUAUCGUCCAGAAUCUGCAGCAAUGAAGAAAAUGCGACUAAAAGCUAGGGCAGAACAGAAAGUUGCCAAGAAAGAAGAUACGCCCACUAAAAGACCUAAUGUCCUACGUAGUGGAACUAAUACUGUAACUACCCUUGUGGAACAGAAGAAAGCUCAAUUAGUUGUUAUUGCACAUGAUGUAGAUCCAAUUGAGAUUGUAUUAUUCCUACCUGCUCUAUGUCGUAAAAUGGGUGUUCCAUAUUGUAUCGUAAAAGGCAAGGCAAGAUUGGGACGUUUAGUUAGGCGUAAGACCUGCACAGUUGUAGCUAUUACACAGGUUGAUUCUGGUGAUAGAGCCAACUUCUCUAAAAUAGUAGAAGCUAUUAAAACUAACUUCAAUGAUCGCCAAGAUGAGAUCAGGCGUCAUUGGGGAGGUGGUUUAUUAGGUAGCAAAUCUGCUGCCCGAAUAGCAAAAUUGGAAAAAGCUAAAGCUAAAGAACUUGCUCAGAAGCAGGGUUAAUCUAUUUUUACUGUACAUUCUGUAUGAUAAUCGUAUACAGA